AUGGACUACUGGCUUACCCCGGCAACGCCCAUAAGCACAAUCGGGCCCUCGCCCACUCUCGCCCAACAAGGAAUCUUCAUAUUCGACGAGACAGAGGGCGGAAUAACUUACCUCACCCCAGACGAGAUCUACACCGCAACCCCUGAUCUCCCCGAAGAAACCCUCGAUCUCAUCGGUUUUCCGAACCGAGCCAAAGUAUGCGCCUACCUGAGCGCCCUCCCAGAACACCAGAAAUGCAUCUGUGAAGUUCUGCGCGGGCUAGAUUGGGUGGAGAGCGAUAUCUAUCAGAUCAUGGUCCCGCUGGAGGAGAGCCAGAAAGGGAUCCGAGAGGAACUGAAGAAGUCAGGGCGGACGAGGGCGGAGAUUGAGCGGUUGGAUAACCUUUGUUAUGCGGGGCUGAGCAUUUCGGCGCAGUUGAAACGGCCGGGGAAGAAUCGGGGCGCGGAGUUGAUUCAGAUGGAGAUCUUCUUGAGGGAUGAGAUCCUACGCAGGAGGCGGAUGAUGCUUGGGGAAUUCAUUACGAAUGAGGGGAAUGUCUGUCGUGUCCCUAUGCGUCUGAGGGCGGGAUCUGACAGAUUGGUGGGUGAAGAAAGUGUUGCUCCUCUUGAAGCUCCUCUUGAAGCUCCUCUUGAAGCUACUUUAGAGUCCUCUUGCGAGGAUGCCUCUUGGUUUAGAGUGUAA